UCAACCAUCACGAAGGAGCUGACAAGAGUCAACGAGAGAGUCAAAGGAUCUGACCACCUUAAACCACUCAAACCUCCUGAAGAUGGAGACGUUCAGCGUUGCAGUUGCAGUGGCCGUUGCACUCAUGUGUAUUUGCAUUCAGCAGAGCUCUGCCACAUUUGCUGAGAUACGAGAACUGCAAGAGCUACAAGAGGCUGUGAGCACUGACAGUCCAGCUGCUGAACACCAGGAGGUAUCAGCUGACUCAUGGGUGAUGCCGUACCACAGACAGAAGCGUGGCAUGAAGUGUCGCUUUUGCUGCGGCUGCUGCAAUGCUGGUGUCUGUGGAUUGUGCUGCAGAUUCUGAGAAUAUCUACCUGCGAUUCUCACAUCAACCACUAAGUAUAGACUGUUAUACAUGAAAUGAUUUGACUGCUUAGCAUUUGUUACUUCACGUUACAUUUU